AUGGAACUAAAGAGACAACGGAUAGACACCCUGCCCAAUGCCAUUCAAGCUGCAGAAUGCCUUGGCGAUUAUAAUUUGGGAACUCAGAAUGACAGGCCCCAGCCGUCUAUCCGAGGGGGAUUCAACGAGAACCAUCCCAGCAAUGGUGGCCCAAGCAAAAGUGGGGGAUAUCGGAGUGCAUCCAAAACUAAGACUCCUCUCUCCAACAGCAACAGUGCUGCAUCCAUCAAUAACAAUCAGGGGAGAAAUCCUCCCUCUGAAUGCCGUCAUUGCGGCGGGGCACAUUGGAACAAUGAAUGCCCAAACAUAAAGUUCAAUGCUCAUCAGACUGUCGAGGAUGAGUUAGAUGCAUCAGACAUAUCAGAAGAAGACCAGGUAGGCGCCUUCAAUGCAAUUGUUGGCUCUAUCCCCCAUGCCUUAGCGGGGACCAGUGCAUGUCCUCCUAAGAAAACAUUCGUCCCAAUCACCAAGAAAGGGAAGGAAAAGAUAGACAAGAGGCCUCCUAAACAAGCGAGGACCCUAAUGUUCAUCGAAUUGAAAGUGAAUGGCAAGCCCCUUCAUGCAUUGAUAGACACGGGUGCUACCCACAACUGCUUGGCUUCAACUCAAGUAGAGCGCCUGGGUCUCGUCGUGCAAAAGAGCAAAGGCCGCGUCAAGGCUAUCAACUCACCACCCCAGACAUUGGGUGGAACAACUACAAAUGUCCCGGUGAAACUUGGCCCAUACAAAGGAAGCAUCGACCUGUGCUUUGGGUCAACAUUGAGUCAUAACUCAGACAUCCAUCCACCAUCGGAUGGCCAGACAGACCGGUUCGAUGACAUGCUGGAGGAAUAUCUCCGCAACUUUGCAACCGGAUCACAGAAGCAUUGGGUGAAGCUCCUGGAUGCUGCUCAACUGUGUUUCAAUUCUCAAAAGAGCCAUCAUAACAACAAAAGCCCUUUUGAAAUUGUUACUGGACAGCAACCACUUCUCCCACAAACGCAAGCUCACAGAACAGAGGGGCGCAUGUCUCCCAUCCAACAGCUAUCAUCAUCAUCAUCAUCAUAUGGCUCCGAGGACGGCGCCAACUCAGAUCAUCCUGACAGUCCUCCACCACCAUCUCCCUCAAAUUCAUCCUCAUCUACUCCACCCAGUAAAUCUCCAAAACCUAGGUUUCAAAGGCAGAAAAUGCUAGCUCGAAAAAUUGUAGCAUCUGAGGCUCUGAGGAAGGUUUUAAAUAAAAGGUUGAAAGCUAGCCAAGUAAAAGAAAGCCUAUCUCUAAAGUCUGAUUCUAGCUCUGAGUCAGAAUCCUUUCAAUCCGUGACUGAGGGAGAUGGACAUGGGUCUUCUGGCUCUGAAUAG